AUGGGAAGUCACCUGCUAGAAGAAGUGUUUGGGUGCACCAACCCGUCGCCGCCGCAGUCGCAGCAACAGGACCGGAGACCCCGGCCUCAGCCAGAGCAGGCCCUCAGAUGCCCGAGGUGCGACUCCACCAACACCAAGUUCUGCUACUACAACAACUACAGCCUCUCUCAGCCGAGGUACUUCUGCAAGGGCUGUAGGCGAUAUUGGACAAAAGGAGGCACCCUGAGGAACGUUCCCGUGGGGGGCGGGUGCAGGAAGAACAAGAGAUCCUCCUCGAAGAAGACCCAAGACCAGCCUCUUCUCCAAACCCUCCCCCCUCCACCUCCACCUCCCCUCACAUUCGACCACAACGAGCUCUCCCUCGCCUUCGCGAGGCUCCAGAAGCCGCCCCCAACAGGCCAGCGGGGACUGGAUGAUCAUCACUAUGACUCUUUCAUGCCUCAACAAGCGCCAGGCUUUCUCGACGACAGCCUAAGCUCCUUCAGCAGCCUCUACUACGGCCUGGACGGGCAGGGACUGCUGCCAUUCGAGAUGCUGAGUGGUGCAACGGCUGCCAUUAAGCAGGAGCCUUCGUACAGGUGGGUGGAGGGCGAUACGAGCAGGCUACUCAUGGGCCUCCAGUGGCCAGUAGCGGUCGACGGGGACGUGACGGUGGAAGCAGGAAGGGAGUACUGGAAUGGGCUUGGCUCUACUUGGCAGCACGGUCUUGUCAACAGCUUCCUCAUCUAG